CUGGCAAAUAUAGUAAAAGGGAUAUUCUGGUAGGACGUAUGCCUACCAUUAUUUCUGAAUACUGGUGAGGUUUUGAGGGCGAAAUGGCUGUGAUUGGAAUCGUUUUCAGCGUUUCUUGGCUUUGUUGCCUGCUAAUUGGAGGGAUAAUGUGUUCUACAUCAGAAGGUGAUUGGUCUCCUGCACUGGAUUCUAAUGCAGCAUGGCUCUAUGCAGGAUCACUUCGGUCUCUAGGAUAUGGCAAUUAUAAAUCUCAAAUGCAAGCGCAACAGAAACAUCUGGCCGCCAUGUCCCAGCAACCUCAGCAAGUGUGGUAUCCCGUUCAAAUGCCUCUGCAUCAGAAGCAAUCAGCCGCAGAAGCUCAGCCGCAGUGGCAACCGACAACUGUGCCCCAGCAAGUGUGGCAUCCAGCUCACAUGCUGAAGCAGAAGCAACCGACCGCCGUGCCCCAGCAAGUGUGGCAUCAAGCUCACAUGCUGACGCAUAAGCAACAGACCGCCGUGCCCCAGCAAGUGUGGCAUCCAGUUCAAAUGCCCCUGCAGCAGAAGCAAAUUCCCACCGUGCCCCAGCAAGUGUGGCAUCACGCUCCAAUGCUGCCACAACCACCGACCGCCGUGCCCCAGCAAGUAUGGCAUCCAGCUCAAAUGCCCCAGAAGCAACCGACCGCCGUGCCCCAGCAAGUGUGGCAUCCAGCUCAAAUGCCCCUGCAGCAAAAGCAACCGACCGCCGUGCCCCAGCAAGUGUGGCAUCCUGCUCAAAUGCCCCUGCAGCAGAAGCAACCGACCGCCGUGCCCCAGCAAGUGUGGCAUCCUGCUCAAAUGCCCCUGCAGCAGAAGCAACCGACCGCCGUGCCCCAGCAAGUGUGGCAUCCAGCUCAAAUGCCCCAGAAGCAACCGACUGCCAUGCCCCAGCAAGUGUGGCAUCCUUCUCAAAUGCCCCUGCAGCAGAAGCAACCGACCGCCGUGCCCCAGCAAGUGUGGCAUCCUUCUCAAAUGCCCCUGCAGAAGCAACCAACCGCCGUGCCCCAGCAAGUGUGGCAUCCAGCUCAAAUGCCCCUGCAGCAGAAUCAACCAACCGCUGUACCCCAGCAAGUGCGGCAUCCAGCUCAAAUGCCCCAGAAGCAACCGACUGCCAUGCCCCAGCAAGUGUGGCAUCCAGCUCAAAUGCCCCUGCAGCAGAAGCAUCCGACCGCCGUGCCCCAGCAAGUGCGGCAUCCAGCUCAAAUGCCCCAGAAGCAACCGACUGCAAUGCCCCAGCAAGUGUGGAAUCCAUUUCACACACUGCAGAAGCAACCGACCGCCGUGCCCCAGCAAGUGUGGCAUCUUUCUCAAAUGCCCCUGCAUCAGAAGCAACCUGCCCCUGAACUUCAGCAGAAGGAACUGACUGCCAUGCCACAGCAAGUUUGGCAUCCAGCUCAAUUUCCCCAGCAGAAGCAACUGGCCCCCAUAGCUCAGCAACCUCAGCUGGUGUGGCAUCCAGCUCAAAUGUCCAAGAAUCGAACAGCCACUGAACCUCAGCAGCAGAAGCAACCACCCACCACGUCCGAGCAAGCGUGGCAUCCAGCUCAAAUGCCCCUGCAGCAGAAGCAACCGGCCACUGAACCUCAACAGGAGAAUCAUCUGGCCGCCAUUCUCCAGCAGCCUCCGCUCGUGUGGCAUCCAUCUCAAUUUCCCCAGCAGCAGAAGGAACUGGCAGUUGAGCAGCAGAAGGAACUGGUCGUCGAACCUCAGCAAGUGAGGUAUCCAGCUCAAAUGGCCCAGCAGCAACCCAACCCCAUUCCUCAGCAAUUUUGGCAUGUAGCCCAAAUUUCCCAGCAGCAACUGGCCCCAAAUUCUCAGCAGAAGCACUACGAAAGCACUGAAGAUGGGGCCUCUGGUAGUUCUCAGGCCAGCAUUGUUGAACAGUCGGGUGUCAUCCCAAUCUCUUCCUACAGUUCCAAAUCGCACUACAAGAAUGGCAGAACUGGAGUCUCCCAAAUCGGCUACACUCCUAGGGAGGCAAUGCCUGUUGACAGUGGAAAUGCUCCCAAGGACGGUUAUGUUAGCAUUGGUGCACCAAGCAUAUAUCCAACACUAGUGAAGGAUUCUGCAAGGAAAAUAUAAUGGAUUCAUCCUCUAGAAGCUCUAAUGACCAGGAAGUUGCUGGUGCUCUUGCUACUCUAGUGUGAUGGAAUCAAUAAACAAUUUUAAUUUAAA